UAAAUAGGACGUAUCGGGAAACAAGUCGCAUUUUGUUUUCAAGUGUUGCACUGACUAUUCGGUGAAGAUGAGAGGAUUGCCAGCAAUUGUACUGUUGACUCUCGUCACAAUUAUCUUUGCUGAAGAGGAUGUGAAUCCGAUAGUGAAGACUCCAUUGGGAAAACUGAGAGGGACCUACAAAACGUCUUUCAAUGGCCGACAAUUUCGCGCCUUCGAGGGAAUUCCCUAUGCGAAACCUCCAGUUGGAAAAUUACGGUUUGAGCCCCCACAGCGAUUUGAAAAUUGGGAAGGGACUUUGCUAGCUGUACGACGUGAGUCCCCAUGUCUUCAAUAUUCCCAUGUACCGAUGAAUCCACCGGAGAGAGUCGAGGGUGCAGAGGAUUGCCUGUACCUCAAUGUCUACAGUCCGACUAAAAGUGAUUCAACGGAACUUCUUCCGGUGAUUUUUUAUAUUCACGGUGGGGCCUUUCAAUUUGGUGAAGGCUCCAGUAAUCGUCCAGAUUACCUCAUGGACCGGGAUUUAGUGAUGAUUACUACUAACUACCGUUUAGGACCCCUCGGUUUCCUUAGUACUGGGGAUCGAGUCGUACCGGGGAAUAUGGGUCUGAAGGAUCAAAGUAUGGCAUUGCGAUGGGUAUCUGAGAAUAUAAAAUACUUCGGUGGUAAUCCAGAGAAGAUUACACUUGCUGGUUUAAGUGCGGGAGGUGUAAGCGUUCAUUAUCACUAUCUCAGUCCUCUGAGUCGAGGGCUCUUUCAUGCGGGAAUGUCAUUCAGCGGAACGACUCUCGAUUGUUGGUCACAAACCGAGAAGUCUGUGGAGAAGGCAAAGAAGCUGGCGGACAUUCUGGGAUGUCCCACUGGAAACAAUGAAAAAAUGGUCAAUUGUUUGAAAAACAGACCGGCCAAAAGCAUCGUUCAGUUAGUCGGCAAUUUUAUGCCAUGGUUAUAUAACCCAUACACGCCAUUCGGUCCAGUUGUCGAGGAAAAAUCCGCGCACUCGUUCAUCCAUCGACCACCAAUCGAUAUAAUCGAGAACGGUGAAGCCGCUGAUGUCCCGUGGCUAACUACCGUCACCUCAGAGGAAGGACUCUAUCCAGCAGCUGAAUUUGUUGCUAACGCAGAACAUAUGGAUGAGUUAGAUAAAAAUUGGGAUCUGAUUGCGCCAUAUCUACUUGAUUACAACUAUACCCUACCCAAAUCACAGCAUGCGAAAGUCGCCGAGACGAUGCGACAGCAUUAUUUGGAUUCAAAGAAGAUCAACAGAGAUAAUUCAAUGCCGCUUAUUCAUAUGAUCGGCGAUAGAUUAUUUGUUGUGGGCGGCGAGAAAGCUGCGAGAGAAAUGGCCAAAGCCAAUCGCAGCCCAGUUUGGUUCUAUUUCUAUAGUUAUCGGGGCGAAUUCAGUCUCAGCGAUGACUACAUCCGUACUAAAGAUAAUUUCGGCGUGGCUCAUGGGGACGACGUUUUCACUGUAAUUCGUCGUGAUCAUGAACCCUGGGUCUCUGGAAGUAAAUCACUCGAGGUUCAGAACACUUUAUUGGAUAUUUGGACGUCCUUCGCGACUAAUGGAUCACCCAAAAUCGGAGUGAAAUGGCCACGACUUAAUCCAUCCGAGGAAGCCCUCAAGUAUCUCCACAUUUCUGGUCCCCAGAAACUGCGAAUCGAGGAGAAUUCGAAUCUCGGGGAGAAGAAAUUCUGGGGAUCCAUUGAUUUCGACGAGAACAUACCCAAUGAAGGAUUUGGUAAAUCCCGAGAUGAAUUUUAAUGCCAAUGCCAAUGACAAUUCUGAUCCGCAUGUCAAGACUGAAAAAAAAAAAAUGUUGAUGCUUUUGAAUAAUCCUUUUAUAGAUAAUAGCAUGUUAUUUUGUUUAUACACGUCAAUUUGUCGCGGUAACAUUCCGACUUAUAUAUUUUUUGUGGUUUGAAUGCACCUCGAUUAUUCAAUUACUCGAAAUAAACCGUUAACGAAUCAUUAAUUGUGAAAUGCCAUUCAGACGAUUACGGAGAUUGUUGAACUCCCCUCACCCGGGACAAACAGGUGGUCUACCUCUGGUAUUUGAUGGACGAUGACUAGCCUCCAAUAACAAAAAGCUGAAAAAAAUGCAACUAUAAUUUUACCAAUUCAAUAAAUUAAAAAAAAUCCUCUGAAAUUCUUAAUUCAA